AUUAUGCCAAUCUGAAAUACGGUUAAAACAAAUGGGGCUUAAUUAACGUGGUGAUGAAUACCAAGAACAGUUUAAUGUAUUUGUCUGCUCUCAGCAUUGUUAAUAGCAAAUGGGAAAUCUGCUAUGUUGUGUGCAAAUUGAACAAUCAACGGUGGCUAUAAAAGAAAAAUUUGGGAGAUUUGAAGAGGUUCUUGAGCCGGGAUUCCAUUGCGUGCCAAUGUUCCUUGGAGAUAGACUGGCUGGUCAUCUCUCUCUUCGCCUACAACAAUUGGAUAUCCAAUGUGAGACCAAGACAAAGGAUAAUGUCUUUGUUAAUGUUGUUGCCUCUAUUCAAUAUCGCGCCCUGGCGGACAAGGCUAGUGAUGCUUUUUACAAACUUAGCAAUACAAGGACCCAAAUUCAGGCCUAUGUUUUUGAUGUAAUUCGAGCAUAUGUUCCAAAACUCAACUUGGAUGAUGCUUUUGAGCAGAAAAAUAAAAUUGCCAAAGCUGUGGAAGAAGAACUUGAGAAGGCUAUGUCAGGUUACGGAUAUGAAAUCGUUCAAACACUGAUUAUUGAUAUAGAGCCAGAUGUUCAUGUGAAGCGGGCUAUGAAUGAAAUCAAUGCUGCUGCAAGAUUGAGGUUGGCAGCUACUGAGAAGGCAGAGGCAGAGAAGAUUUUGCAAAUCAAGCGAGCCGAGGGUGAGGCCGAGGCUAAAUAUCUUUCUGGUCUCGGCAUUGCGCGCCAACGCCAAGCAAUUGUUAAUGGCUUGAGAGACAGUGUGCUUGGAUUCGCAGUGAAUGUACCGGGGACAAGUGCAAAAGAUGUCAUGGACAUGGUCCUUGUCACUCAGUAUUUUGACACAAUGAAAGAGAUUGGUGCUGCCUCCAAGUCCUCUGCUGUGUUUAUUCCUCAUGGACCCGGUGCUGUUCGCGAUGUAGCUAGUCAAAUCCGCAAUGGACUUCUUCAGGCUUCUCAUCAGUAGUUUGUACUCCUUCCGAUCAUAUCUGGUUUGUAUUGGAGUGUAUAGUGAACGGUGGUGUGCUAUAAUGGCUUAAUGCCUUUGGCUGUAUUUGUUUGCAGUGUGUUAUGUGAUUUUUGUAUCAAAGUAAACGGCUAAAUGCAUGUUUGUAUUUCUGUCCGUGCACAUUCCGAGGUAGUUUGAAUGUGUGUUUAACCAAUCCAUGUCUCUCGUGUCAUUGGAUUGAAUGUGCUUUUGACCAA